AUGGCCAGGGACCGUGUCGAGUAUAACUGGAUCAAAGGCGUGGAAACGCUUGAAGAAUAUGUACCUGGAGGCUAUCACCCCAUUAUGGUUGGUGACAUGCUACAUAAUCGGUACUACAUUGUAGAUAAAAUAGGUUCGGGGGGCUAUUCGACCGUCUGGCUUGCUCACGAUACUGUCUUCAAGCGUGCAAUCUUAGGGAGAUCUCCUUCAGCCGCCUUUUCCCACUUGACGUGGCUCGAGCGCUAUGCUAUGGACUCACACAAGCAGUGGUAUACACACAUUCACAAGGAUACGUACAUGGAGCUCCCAUCUAAUUUUCACACACUCUCCGUCAAAGAACUGUACGAAAAAUAUGGCGAGCCUGAGACAGUUCUCAUCACACGCUGUGAUGGAAAGCCCCUCCCACCUAAUGUCCCAGCGAAAGCGGUUAAGCCCCUAUUCCUAGGAAAGUAUGCUGAAACACUGACGCUGGCCGACGUUCGUCCUCUUCUCAGUGACUUUGGUGAGGCUUUCCCCCCCGCCUCAGAAAUUCGACUUGGGAAAGACUGCCAUACACCUCCGGCCUUUCGCGCCCCGGAGGCCAGGUUUGACCCACAAGGACCGCUCACAUAUUCUUCGGAUGUAUGGAGCUUAGCUACGGCGAUCUGGGAGAUUGUUGGCAUGAAGCCUAUAUUCAGUACGGACAUCAUGCCUGAAGAUGAAACCGUGGCGCAACAUAUGGAUGUGCUGGGACCAAUGCCCCAGGAAUGGUGGCAGCGCUGGGAAGGAAGAAGCAAGUUCUUUACCGAGGACGGCCGCCCUACUGAAGCCUACCUGGAAAACAGAUGGCCUCCCUUCGAGGAGUCGUUUGAGAUAGACAUACAAAAAUGGAGGCGAAGUGGAGGGGCGUGA